AUGAACAUGUUAGGCCUGAGGGACCUAGUUCUCAUAGCUCCAACCGCUUCUCAACUUCACCACCACCAACACCAACACCACCCUAUUUCAGCAGAACACCAUCCUAAUCUUCCCUUGCCUUCUCCGGCCUCUCUCAGCGUUGGCCUCGGCAUUUUCCCACUCCUAACAGUUCCACAUACCAAUGAUGUUCAGGUUCAGGUUCAAGACUGUGCCAACAACACCACCAACAACACCACCACCAACACCAACUAUUGGAACCUCAAGAUGUGUGGUGUCUCAGAAGUGAAUUCCACAAGAAAAGGUGUCAUGAACAUAGAAGAUGAGGGGGGCAACAGGCAUGUGAUGGAGAGUGAGGAAAGUGGUGGUGAGUUUAGGGUGUGCCAGGAUUGUGGCAAUAGGGCCAAGAGGGAUUGCAGCUACAGAAGGUGCAGGACUUGUUGCAAAGGACGUGGCUUUGAUUGCAGCACUCACGUGAAGAGCACGUGGGUCCCCGCGUCUCUGAGACGCAGUGCUGGUAAUAGUGGUAGUGAUGGUAACGGUGACGGAGAUGGUGAUGGUGGUGCUUCUAAGAGGCUAAGAACAAUAGGCUCAUCAAAGAAUGUUGCUGCUACUUCUCAUAGUUCCACUUCCAAUGCUACCCAAACAAAGAGCUUUAGCUUAGACACUAGCUCUUGUCAACAAGAUGCUAGUUUCAAGCAAUCUUUGCCACGGCAUGUGCGUGCACCUGCUGUGUUUAGAUGCCAUAGAGUGUCUGCUAUUGGGAGUGGUGAAGAUGAGGUUGCAUACUUGGCCACAGUGCAUAUCAGUGGCCAUGUGUUCAAGGGCUUUCUUUAUGAUCAUGGUGCUGAUGCCAGAAAUGAUGUGCCUAGUGUCUCUGAACUGCAACUGGGAAACAAUGGAAGUGGAAAGAGUAAUAACAGGGAAUGUUCUUCUGCAAUUGGGGUUCCAACCAGUGCUUACCCUGCUUCUGUUUGCUGA